AUGGUAACUCGCUCUGAUGAUGUCCGUCAUGUGAUGGGCGAAAGCUUAGCACCUUUUAACCGGAAUCAAAGGAGAUUGCCUCGGAAACAACGUCAGCAUGACUCGCACGAAACUAAGCAAGUUUGCACCGGAAUCGAAGAAGAUUACCUCGGAAACAGCGUCAGCAUGAAUCUGCCCGAUGUCCGUCAUAUGACGGACGAAAGCUUAGCACCUUUUCACCGGAAUCGAGGGAGAUUGCCUCGAAAACCGCGUCAGCAUGAAUCUUCCAGUAAAGGCCAAUCGACAGCUGGUCAAGAGGAAUCGGCCGUCGUCUUCUGGUGGAACCGACCUUCGAAUCUCUUCACGCAACACAUUCAUUCGAAAUGGAAGUAA